GUACCAGAACAAAACAAAAAUCCAGGAUUAAAUUGUCUAUACAAAUAUUGUUAACACGAAAGAUUUGCUCGUUUGUUUUCAUUGAAAAGGUUCCAAGCUAUUGGACUGAUUUUAAAAAUUCUUUCAUCUACAGGACGCUAUUCCAUACACGGUUGAUAUGAACUACAAUUUACGCAAGGAAAUAGCUAGUCUAUUAUUAAGUUUGCAACUUUCAGGCAUUGUAUCGAGGACACCGUUCAAGAAGAAUGAAAUUCUGCUAUCGUUCGUAUCGCCGUUGGUUGAGGACUGUCACUGAAAGAGGGGAAAGACGAGCAGCUGAAGCAGCAGAAUUUGGAAUCAGAAGUAGAGCUGACGAUUUAAAGAUACUCGAGGAAGAAGCUAGGCAGUGGCUAGCGUUCGUGGUUUUCAAACUGCAUCAUCUUCUGAGGACUUACGUUUGUGCCGGAGUCUAUUCAGAGCCGGCCUCCGCACAGCUUUCUGAAUUCGAGAAGCUGCUUAAAUCUAUCCAGUAUACCGAAUAUAUGAAAAAAUUAAAGAACAAAUAUGGGGAGUUUGUAAAAAAGCAUCAACCGAAGUUUUCAAAUAAACGGCUCUUCCCUAUUAUAGGUGAUGGAGCUGAUUACUGGUAUUUAUCAUUGGCAGAAAUGUAUGAACUGACGCUUCCUUCUGUUAAGAAGCCUGACACGAGACAUCUUGCAACACAUCAUAGCCCGAUACAUAAGGAACCUUUUCUCUGGAGGAAAGUUAGGCUACCGAGUCCUAGUCCAGGAAGGGGACCUUUUAAGCCUCCAAAAUCACUGAUAUGUAGAACACCGCCUACGCCAGCCCCAACGCCGACGGCUGCAGGUGACGUUUUAAAGAAGGAUCCCAGGUUUCAUCUAUAUGUGAAACAUUACACACCCCAACCGGCACUCUUCGAUUACGUCGAUUUUCACAUAAAUGUUCUCUUGAAAAGGCAAUGUUCUAUAGAAAAUGUGAACAUUAAAUAAUUUAAACAGAUUACAGUUAAUUUUAAUAUUAAAUAGUUAAUCUGCAAAUAAAUAGACUAAUGGUAUUUAUACAGUCAGUGAUGUAAUUCUCAAAAUAUGUUAUAUGAAAAAAAAAUCAACCUUUGCCCGAUUAAUUUAAAAUUUAAAUUAAUAUUGAUACUAUGCAAUGAGUUAAGACGACAAUGUAGUAAUCAUGAUCACCAUUAUUGGAUUAAAAUUAUGAAAUUUUAGUUUGGACCACCAAUACCCAAGUAUUUAUAAGAAGGAUAAUUUACAUCCUGUUCUAAAUCAA